CGCACCUCCGACAUGCCCGGAUUCCAGAGGCUACUGACUGCCGCCAUUCUGGCUCUAUGUCUUCCAAGGCCUGGAAAUGCACAGCAACGGUGCACAAAUGGCUUCGGCAUGGAUCGUACCACAGGACAAUGCUUAGAUGUGGAUGAAUGUCGGACCAUCCCUGAGGCCUGCCGCGGAGACAUGAUGUGUGUGAACCAAAACGGGGGUUACCUGUGCAUUCCCCGCACCAACCCCGUGUACCGUGGGCCCUACGGGAGUGCCGGGGCUGGCUCCUCUGCAGGCGGCUCUUCCUCCUCCUCUUCCUCUUCUUCCUUCUCCACGCCCUACUCGGGUCCCUACCCCGCUGCUGCCCCGCCGCUGCCACCCUCCAACUACCCUACCAUCUCCAGGCCCGCCAUGUGUCGCUUUGGCUACCAGAUGGACGAAGGCAGCCAGUGUGUGGAUGUGGACGAGUGUGCAACAGAUUCCCACCAAUGCAACCCCACCCAGAUCUGCAUCAACACAGAGGGCGGUUACACUUGUUCCUGCACGGAUGGCUAUUGGCUGCUGGAAGGACAGUGCUUAGACAUUGAUGAAUGUCGCUACGGCUACUGCCAGCAGCUGUGUGCAAAUGUCCCCGGGUCCUAUUCCUGUACCUGCAACCCUGGGUUCACCCUCAAUGAGGACGGGCGGUCUUGUCAAGAUGUGAACGAAUGUGAGGCUGAGAAUCCCUGCGUGCAGACCUGCGUCAAUACCUACGGCUCUUUCAUCUGCCGCUGUGAUCCAGGAUAUGAACUCGAAGAUGACGGUGUUCGUUGCAGUGAUAUGGACGAGUGCAGCUUCUCUGAGUUCCUCUGCCAGCAUGAGUGUGUUAACCAGCCUGGCACCUACUUCUGCUCCUGCCCCCCUGGCUACAUCCUGCUGGAAGACAACCGAAGCUGCCAGGACAUCAAUGAGUGUGAACACAGGAACCACACCUGCAACCUGCAGCAGACUUGCUACAACCUGCAGGGGGGCUUCAAAUGCAUUGACCCCAUUCGUUGUGAAGAGCCAUAUCUGCUUAUCAGUGAUAACCGCUGUAUGUGUCCAGCUGAGAACCCUGGCUGCAGAGACCAACCCUUUACCAUCUUGUACCGGGAUAUGGAUGUGGUGUCCACUCGCUCUGUCCCUGCUGACAUCUUCCAGAUGCAAGCCACAACCCGCUAUCCUGGGGCCUAUUACAUUUUCCAGAUUAAGUCUGGGAAUGAGGGCAGAGAGUUCUACAUGCGGCAAACAGGCCCUAUCAGCGCCACCCUGGUGAUGACACGCCCCAUCAAAGGGCCCCGGGAGAUGGAGCUGGACUUGGAAAUGAUCACCGUGAACACCGUCAUCAACUUCAGGGGUAGCUCCGUGAUCCGGCUGCGGGUAUACGUGUCACAGUACCCGUUCUGAGCUCCAGCCGUCACAUAGCUGACAGCACCUGUCAUAGCUCGCGGGGACAGGAGAGGAGCAGAGAGCCACGGGAACCGAGCCUUUCCUGCUGAAUGUUUCCCGAGGAGUCCCAGGUGGCCCAGGGCCUGGCCAGCCCAUUUUCAUGCUGACCCACCACUUGACGUCCACUUGCCCCUAGUUCCUCCAAGGAAGCCAUCAACAAAGUCUUGCCCUGGGCACCCUAGGGCGUUCAUGCCUCAUAGCCCUGGUGUCAGGCUUGUGUUCAUCUCCAAGAUGGUCCAAGCAAGUAGCUUAGCUUUGCUGGGGUGCGAGUUCCAAGGUGGGGAGGUGGCUGCUCAUCUUCCUUCAUGCCGCUUCCCUCUCUCUUGCUUUGCCGAGGCCCCCUGAGCUGGGGAGUGCUGGGCCUAGCUACUCUGCUUCUUAUCUGUCCUGAGAAAGGGGGUGGAAAGAAACCCUGGCAGGAGGGAAGGGCGUGGUUUCAAGAGUCCAUUUCAAAACUCUGGUCUUUUCAGCCAUAAAAGAAGUUUUUGUUGUCCUUAAAUCUAUAUAACUGUUUAACCUUUUCUUGUUCGUUUUUGAGUUUCUUUAAAAAAAUAAAUCAAUAAAUUUAA